AUGCGGCGCGUGUCUAACAACAUCCAUGGAUGAGGGAAUAGGGUUUUAGACACAACUGAAAAGACCGCAAAGUCCCCUCCAGAACAUUUCUUACCAAACCAAAAUCAAAAGUACCAAAAACUCUCUCCGCUUCACAGCUAAUCUCCCUCGCUCUCACCCUUUUUUCCUCUGCAUUUCCCUUCUUCUUUUACUCCUUUCCUUCCAAAGAUCAAAGCUCCUUCAAAAGACCAAAAAAAAAAAAAAAAAUCCAAAUGGAAACCUCUCCAAGGCAGAGCCCAAACUCGAAUUUUCUUGCAUCUCCCAAAAGUCACAGUCCCAACAGCAGCACCAGUAGCAGCAACAACACCAACCCACCAUCACCAACUCCGGCGCCGCAACAGCCCAAACCCAUCACCAGAUCUGAAUCCGCCAACCCGUACCCGACAACCUUCGUCCAAGCCGACACUUCCUCUUUCAAGCAAGUCGUCCAGAUGCUCACGGGAUCCUCCGAGACCGCCAAGCUUGCUUCUUCCACCAAACCAGCUGCCUCCCCUCAAUCCGACCUGUACCCGAAAACCCACAUCCCUCCCAUCAAAUCCAUCCCCAAAAACAAGCAAAAUUCUGGGUUUAGGCUAUACGAGCGAAGGAGCUCCCUCAAGAACCUCAAGAUCAACCCUUUGAACCCAGUUUUUAGCUCUACCAAUUCCGGAUUUUCGCCUCGAAAACCCGAAAUAUUAUCCCCUAGCGUUCUUGACUUCCCUUCUUUGGCUCUUAGCCCUGUUACUCCCUUGAUACCCGACCCGUUUGACCGAUCUGGACCUGGCAAUUACACGAGUUGUUUUAAUAAUAAUGCGAAACUAGACAAGGACGCUGAAGAGAAGGCAAUUAAAGAGAAGGGUUUUUAUUUGCAUCCAUCACCGGCAUCUACGCCGCGAGAUUCGGAGCCUAGGCUUCUCCCACUUUUUCCGGUUACUUCACCUAGAGUUUCAGGUUCUUCCACUUCUUGAAGUAAAAUAAUUAUUUUUUAGGUUCUUUUGCUUCUUUUGAUGUUGUUGUUGAUGUAAGAUUUUUAUAUAUCGUUGGGGCACUGAAUUUGGGGAAUGAGAAAGGAAGGG